GUGCGCUGCGUGAAAGAAAUACAUCAGCAGUAAAAGUUUCUAAACGUUUCACAGAAACGCACGACGAAAGGCGUGCAAUCCGAUUCGGAUCCGAGCUCUAUUUUCCAAAUCUGGUGGCCACUCGGUGUGACACAGGGAAACACGGAAAACGGCGGCUCUUCUUGUGGCCUAGGCAGUGCAGUGAAAUUAAAAGCAGUCCUCCGGAUCGGAUCGGAUCGGUUUCGACGACACACAUUCCCACCGUUUCACCUGCCACUUUCACACGGAACGUACCUGUCCCCAAGGCUGCAAUUUCGUGCCUCGCCUUCCCCUUCGUAGUGUAUGUGCUGUUGCGAACCUUCUCCCGGGAAGAGACUGUGAUACGCGGAAGUGACGCAUAGGAAAAAAUGACGGAACAACAGAUGGACUGCGCCUUGGAUCUGAUGCGGCGCUUACCCCCUCAACAGAUCGAGAAGAACCUGAUCGAUCUGAUCGAUCUGGCACCGGCUCUGUGCGAAGACUUGCUAACGUCCGUGGAUCAGCCGCUGAAAAUUGCCAAGGACAAGGAAACGGGCAAGGACUACUUGCUGUGCGAUUACAAUCGCGACGGCGACUCGUACCGCUCGCCCUGGUCCAACACGUACGAUCCGCCGCUGGAGGACGGUUCGAUGCCUUCGGAGCGGUUGCGCAAGCUGGAGAUCGAAGCAAACCACGCGUUCGAUCAGUACCGCGAGAUGUACUACGAAGGCGGCGUCUCGUCGGCCUACCUGUGGGAUCUGGAGCACGGCUUUGCGGGCGUUAUUUUGAUCAAAAAAGCAGGCGAAGGAAACCAGAAAACCAAGGGCUGCUGGGACUCGAUCCACGUCGUCGAGGUGCAGGAGAAAAGUUCCGGCCGAACGGCACACUACAAGCUGACGUCAACCGCCAUGCUGUGGCUGCAAACGAACAAACAAGCUUCCGGUACCAUUAAUCUCGGCGGAAGUCUCACCAGACAGAUCGAACAGGAUGCGCCCGUGAGUGAGUCCAGCCCGCACAUUGCCAACAUUGGGCGUAUCGUGGAGGACAUGGAAAACAAAAUUAGAAAUACGCUCAACGAGAUCUACUUCGGCAAGACGAAGGAUAUCGUUAACGGGCUGCGAAGUAUUCAGUCGCUUUCGGAUGCCGACCAGCAGGCCACCAUGAAGCACGACCUAGCUGCAGCACUGCUACGCCGCACCGGCAAGAGUGAGAACUGAGCUGAGUCCGCGGAGUCCGAUACCUACCGCAGCAACAGCAGCAAACAUUCGUUCAUCGUUAUCCGUAUCCAUCACCACCCGGCGAACCUUUUUCGUCGUGUUUCGUUUUCGCGGCCCAUUAGUACGUCAUUUGCUAAAAUAACUUCCUUUCGGUUAGGUUAGAAGAAUAGAAGUAGCGGAAAAGCACUACGUAAACCAAGCAAAAGAAACGUCACCGUAAACUGUGGCAACAGGAAUAGAAAGGGCUCCGUACAAUAAAACGUAUUUAACGAAUAGCUAUGAAAUGGGAGGAAACUACAACAAGGCGCAGUGGUUUCCCAUUCGGUUUAAAUAGGACACCCCGCAUUUGCUCGCAAAAUUGAGACGCGUCUGUAACCGCCCCAGUUCAAAACACUUGCGAUCCGAUCGAUUCAUACUUUUGUUUGUCACUCUAGCAACAG